AUUUUUUAGUAGUAAACUUCUUCAAAUACCUCUCAAAUAAUUUCCCUCUAUUUUUCCUAUAUUACCAAAGAGAAAUGUCCCUUUGGAGAUAUUCUUUACGUUUAUCAAAGCGUAUUUUAUGCAAUCAUAGCACAGCACAAAUCCUAAAAACAGAGCCAAAAAAUAUCCAUCGAUGGGUGGCUCCAACAAUGAGAGUUCUAGCCAGGAGACGUAAGGAACUCGGCCCCGAACCUGAAAAACCACGCUCAAGCCAUUUAGAAUGGAAUUAUGAUGUCGAGAUAAAUUGCUUCUGCAAACGACUAGGAGAAAAGUUUGAUGUGGGUAUUUUAAAAACCGCAUUUGUUCAACGCGAAUGGGCUAAUUUACAAGAGUUUAAAACUGAGGAAACUGGGGAGGAGUCUUCACAACCGAUACCAAACAAUUUUGAAUUAGCACAUGAAGGAUUUAAACUAAUUUAUAACACUAUUAAGGAAGUAUAUUCGAAAUCAUACCCACAAGAUAUAGUUAAUGCUGUUUGUAAUUAUUUAACAACAGAUGAAAUGCUGGCAAAUAUUGCUAAACAUUUAGGAGUAAACGAUCUUAUAAUAUCCGCUGAAUUUCCUCCAGAAACCAAAACUACAGCAGACACUUUCAAAGCAAUCGUUGCUGCUUUAUCAAAAUCGGUAGAUGAAUCCAGAGUAAAGCUUUUUAUAAACGAUUUUGUUAUUUGCCAAAUGGUUGACAAAGAUAUUUCUGACGUAUGGACCCCUGAGAAACCUUACGACUAUUUAUUAAACAUUUUACAAGGUCAAGGAGUACAAGAAGUUGAACCCAGAUUAUGCAAUAAAAGUGCAGUCAAUACUAUUUUAGCUAAUUACCAAGUGGGGCUGUAUAAUGGCAAAGAUAAAUCCUGUCUUGGUUUAGGUUGGGGUGAAAAUAUACAAAUAGCCAAAGAUAUGGCUGCUUUAGAUGCUCUACAACGUAUUUAUAAGAGUAAUGUUAGAAAAUAAAUUAGUUUUAUAAUGUA